AUGACAUCCGCUCAAGACUUUCAUAAGUUUGAGUGGGUUUUGGAUGACUCGCGAAAUAACAACAAAAAUCCGGUGAAACUUGUGGUCCUUUUCGACGGUAAACACGAUAAGCACGUGACUUAUGAGGAGCUCCGGGAUGAGGGAAAGGGUCGGAAAUUGUCACAAAUACCGCACUUCGAUGUAAAUCCCGAGAAAGACAUGCUAUUACUCAUACACACGUCUGGCACUACCGGUGCCCCUAAAUGUGCCAUGGUCCCACAUCGUAUUGUAUUGAAUAAUAUUGAUAGGACAGGUAGGACAAAAGGUCUGACCUCGGCAUUGAUAUUUCCUAUGGGACACAUGUCCGGGUCAUUUCACGUGUCCCUAAUAAUAUCAAGUGGCGGUAAAAUUAUAUUAUUUGACGAUUCAAAUGCUGAACACAUUGCUAAAUCAAUUGAAAAGUAUGGCAUUCAGACCCUGGGCAUUUUCCCAUAUACUGCUAAACAGUUGGUUGAUCAGGGUCUAUUGGAUAAAUACGACCUGUCCAGUUUGAAAGCGAUUAUGAGUGGUGGGGCCGCAUUUCCGCCUAACUGUGCCCAAGUGUUUAUUGAUAAAUAUAAGCUGAUGUUCAUGGAAGGAUAUGGUAUGACCGAGUACGUUCCCCUGAGUGGGAGUAUGGGAGUGGGCGAGUAUAUCCCGGGUAACUGCGGACAAGUACUACCGGGAACCGAAGCUAAGGUCAUCGACUUGACUACCGGUGAAAGUCUGGGCCCUAAUACCGACGGAGAGAUAUGCGUUCGCGGAGUCAAUCUGAUCGCCGGUUACCUCAAUAACCCGAAGGCCUGGGAGGCGGCGGUGGACGGGGAGGGCUGGUAUCGGACG